AUGGUCAACAACACGACCAAGUAUGGCUCGUCCCAGUCGUCGUCGGCACCGAUCCGACAGGCCAAAGAGUCGAUCGAGUCGGGCUCGGACGAGCGCCUGACCGUGUACGCCGUCACGCUCCAGGACGACGGAUCACCUUCCAAAGCCAAGACGGUUAGUCCGUACAAUCGAAUAGGUUCUUCCACGCAUAGCUGACAGCUUGUCCUCUCUUUACUCGCUCUCGCUGCCCCCCCGGGAUGCGUUCUCCCUGCGCGAUGCUGCGCUGAUCGGAUCGCCCGGAUCGUCAUCGAUACCAUCGAUACCCGAUCGCGCUUGCCCCCUCUCGGCCCGCGCUCUGCCUCCGCCCCGCUCUCGGCCUUUCCUCGACCUCGUCCACCACCGCAGCUCCUGCGCUUGCCCCCACCCGUAGCACCCUACAUCCUGCGCAUCUACAUCGAGGCCGGCACCUCCGCCUCGCGCAAUGGCUCGCUCUACACCAACUUCCCCAUCGACGGAUCCCAGUACGAGAGGACAAAGCUUCACCAGACAAAGUAGGUCCCAGUUCAGACGUUACACCCGAUCCAUACUCAUCUUGGGGCACCUUUCGAUCGCGACAGGCUGCCGCAAGACUUUUCAAAGCCGUUCGGCAUUGAUCUCGAGGUUAGUCUUGGAUAGCAAGUUUUUCGUGUUGCGCGAGACCGAGACACAAAACUGACCUUCUUAGUGGGCCCUCAGAUCGCUACCGCUGGUGCCUUCGAGUACCACGUCGAAUACGAUGGCGACGCUGGACGAGUCAAAGCCGAGUCGGGCUACUUUAUCGUCGAGCCCAUCCUCACCAUCCCCGCCCGCUCCUCGAUCCUCUCCAAAGAGUUGACCGUCCUCCCCCCCGGCAAAGGUGGCGUCAUUUCCAAAGAACAGGUCCACCUCCCUCUCGACGGACUUGUCAUCCAGUCGAUCGUGUCCAAGUUCAUGGGCACCUUGGAGGAUUGGGUCCCCCACCUCGACGUCAUGCGCGACCGAGGCUACAACCUCUUGCACUACAUCCCCCUGCAACAACGCGGCAAAUCCGACAGUCCUUAUUCGAUCUACGACCAACUCGAACUCGCCGACGAUCUGUUUGUCGCGAAGGGAUUGACGAGGGAGCAAAAGAAUCAGGAGAUGUCCCAAUGGCUCGGUCGGAUCAAGAGUGAAUGGGGCAUCUUGGGUAUGAUCGAUGUUGUGCUGAACCACACCGCCAACAACUCGCCCUGGCUCGAGGAGCACCCGGAAGCUGGUAAGUCUGACAGAUGCGGUUUUGACGCACAAUAUCGACGAGCUUAUGGCUGAACCAAUUCACGUUGUUUCUUCCAGGUUUCAACGCCGUCAACUCGCCUCAUCUUGAAGCUGCGGUCGAACUUGACACAGCGUUGAUCACCUUCUCCGAAUCUCUGGAACGACGAGGUCUCCCCACCGAGCUCAAGUCCCCUGGCGAUCUCGACGCGAUCAUGGUCGUUCUGGAGGGAGAAAUGCUACCUUCGUUGAAGUUGUACGAGUACUACGCCAUCCAUGUUGAGCGAGAAGUUGCUGCCUUCACCUCGGCCUGGUCCGCUUCUAAAGCGGACUCGAACGGAACGUCUUCGCAUCUCGGCGAGAUGUCGCCCAAGGAGUUGGCGGAGAACUUCAUCAAAAAGUGCUUGCCCAAGAACUGGAACCAACUCGGCCCGCGAUACCACGUCAAGGUCGAUCAAGAUGCCUCGAUCACCUUCAUCGCUGCUCUGACGGGUGCCAAGCCUGGAUCGGAUACGGCCGAGCAAGCCAGCAAGGAAUUGCAACGCGUGCUCGACAUCGUCAACGUGUCGCGAUACGAACAAUACGACGACGACCGCAAGGCGAUCCUGACCAACACCCGCAGCCGCAUCCGUUACACCCGCAUCGAUGCCGAUGGACCCAAGUAUGGCAAGAUCUCCAAAAAGUCGCCGCUGGUCGAGCCCUUGUUCACGCGCUUGCCCAAGUCCAAGGCGACGGACAAGCACGACCCCAAGUCCCUCGCUCUGGCCAACAACGGAUGGAUCUGGGAUGCUGAUCCGCUGCAAAACUUUGCCGGGCCCGAGUCGAGGACCUACAUCCGUCGAGAUCUGAUCGUGUGGGGUGACUGCGUCAAGCUCAGCUAUGGCUCCGGACCGGAGGACAACCCUUGGUUGUGGAAGCACAUGACCGAGUACUCCGAGACGCUCGCCAGUCUGUUCCAUGGCUUCCGUCUCGACAACGCGCACUCGACCCCGAUCCACGUCGGCGAGUACUUGCUCGAUGCGGCUCGACGCGUCAAUCCCAACCUCUACGUCUGCGCCGAGCUCUUCACGGGCUCGCAGGAGCUCGAUUUUCACUUCGUCUGCCGACUUGGGUUGAGCAGUUUGACGCGCGAGGCGAUGAAUUCGAACAACCCCAAGGAAGAGAGUGGGUUGCUGUACUCGUACGGUCUCGGGAAACCAAUCGGAUCGAUGGACGGCGAUUGCCUGACCGUCCAAUCCGAAGUCGAGUACAAGGGCAAGACGAGAAAGUGCAGCAUCGUUCCCCUGGCCGGAUCGGUGCCUCAUGCUUUCUUGAUGGAUUGCACGCACGACAACGAGAUGCCUCUGUCGAAGCGAACGGCCGAGGAUGCCUUGCCGACGGGUGCGCUCGUCACUUUCGCCCGUGCCGCCAUUGGGUCGACCCGAGGUUUCGACGACCUUUACCCCGAUCACCUCGAUGUUGUGACCGACAGUCGCCACUACGAAUUGGCCGGCUGGGAUGCCGGUAUCGGUCACAUCAAGCGCGUUCUGAACCACCUCCACGCCGAAACCGUCUUGGACGAAGCUGUCGAGGGUCACUUCAGUCAAGAGGGUGAUUACAUCACAUGCCAUCGCGUCAACCCCGUCACGCACAAGGGGUACCUCCUCAUCACUCGCACCGCCUUUUCCAAGUCGCACGACAAGUCACGUGGCUACGUCUCCCCUAUGCGCCUCGACGGCACUAACGUCAAGUAUAUCACGGGUGCGACGAUUAACAUCAAGUCGGAAAAGGCGCGCGAUACGGAGACGACCUUGCGAGGACUCGACGCUGAAGUUACCGAGAUCAAGGACGUGCCUGUCGCGAGCAAGAGGGACGAAGCGACGGGGCACUCGUACUCGGAAAUUGUUGUGCCAGAUACGUUCCCUCCUGGGUCGGUGUUAUUGUUCGCCACGUGGAUGGAAGGCCUUCCGGCAGAUCUGGAUGAGCAAUGUGCCGCGGGCGUCGUCGAGGCUUUCGACGAGCUCGAUCUCGUGGACCUCAAUUCCGUGCUUUACAGGGCUGAUGGAGAAGAGCGAGAUGCCGUGGGCGGUGAUGGUGUCUACACCGUCCCUGGGAUGGCUCCUUUGGUGUACUGCGGUCUUCAAGGGUGGAUGCAUCCCCUCAAACACAUCAUGGCAACGAACGAUCUUGGCCACCCGCUUUGCGCACACCUGCGGCAGGGCACGUGGGCGCUCGACUAUGUUCACGCCAGGCUCGAGAAACAACAAGUCGACCAAUUGCCCCGACUUGCAAAGCCUGCCGCUUGGUUCAAGAAGCGCUUCGAACUCAUCAAAAAGGUUGUGCCGCCUUUCCUCGUGCCCAAGUACUUUGCGCUCGUUAUCAACGUCGCGUACAAAGCCGCACGCGAUCGCGCCAUGGCUCAAUUCUCGCCUCUCGUUAGGGAAGGCACGAGCUUUACUGCUGCACUCGCGCUCACCUCGGUGCAGAUGCUGGGUCAGGUCCGAUCGGCGAGCCUGAACCCGUUCAAGACGACGCCUUCCCUUGCCGCUGGACUGCCUCAUUUCACUGCAGGUUGGGCGCGUACGUGGGGUCGAGACGUCUUCAUCUCCCUGCGUGGUCUGUUCCUUGUCACGGGUCAAUUCGCCCAGGCGCGCGAACACAUCCUCGCCUUCUCCUCCGUCGUCAAACACGGUCUCGUACCGAACUUGCUCGACAGCGGCAAGACCCCUCGUUACAAUUGCCGCGAUGGACCUUGGUUCAUGUUGCAAAACAUCCAGGACUACGUCGAGAUGGCACCAAACGGCCUCGACUUGCUCAAGGAUACCGUCAAGCGUCGUUUCCCCCUCGAUGACACCUGGGUGCCUCAUGAUGAUGCCCGAGCGUACGCCGUCGAAUCGACUAUCGCCGAUGUCGUACAAGAGAUUUUGCAACGGCAUGCUCAGGGGAUCCAUUUCCGAGAGUACAACGCGGGACCUAAUUUGGAUAUGCAGAUGAGCGAUCAAGGGUUCAAUAUCGAUAUUGACGUCGAUUGGAAGACGGGGAUCUUGUAUGGAGGCAAUGCUUUCAAUUGCGGAACAUGGCAAGACAAGAUGGUGAGAUUUUUUUGCAUCUUCGUGUCGAAUUCAAUCACUGACGACGUCAUGCUGUAUCUUCAAACAGGGUGAGAGUGCCAAGACGGGUAACAAGGGCCUGCCCGGAACGCCGCGCGAUGGUGCCCCUGUCGAGAUCAUUGGUCUGCUCAAAUCCGCCCUCCGUUGGGUCGCCGAGCUCUCCAAGGCGGGCAAGUUCCCUCACAAGGGCGUCGAAGCGACGCUCGACGGGAAGAAGCGAGUUAUCCCUUACUCUGAAUGGGCCGACCUCAUCCAAUCCAACUUUGAGCGUCUGUUCUACGUCCCCGCGAACGGGUCCGACGACUCCAAGUACGCCAUCAAGACCGACUUGAUCGGUCGCCGCGGGAUCUACAAGGACGUCGUUGGUUCGACGGGCGAGAGGUUCGAUUACCAAUUGAGGGGCAACUUCCCCAUCGCCAUGUCCGUCGCGCCUGAACUGUUCGAUCCUGAACACGCCUUGGGGGCGUUGAAGAUUGCGGAGAAGGUCUUGUUGGGUCCUUUGGGCGUCAAGACCUUGGACCCUGCUGAUCCGGAUUACCGAGGUGAGUCGUCAACAUUGUUUGCAUCUCGACCAACGCUGCGUACUGACGUGGUGGCCGUUCCGGCUCAUAGGUUACUACGACAACAGCAACGACGGCGACGAUCGCUCCAUCGCAAAGGGGUGGAACUACCACCAAGGACCCGAAUGGGUCUGGCCCAUCGGUUUCUUCCUCCGCGCUUACCUCAUCUACGACACCCGAGUCGGAAAAGGGAAGCAGGACCCCAAGUUGACCUACCAUCACAUCUACCAAAUCCUCGCCAAGCAUCGUCAGCAUAUUCGCGAUGAUGCGUGGGCAGGGUUGCCCGAGUUGACGAAUGAGGGCGGGAACUAUUGUCAUGAUAGUUGUCGUACGCAGGCGUGGUCGACGUCGACUAUCUUGGAUGUCUUGGAUGAUAUCAGACGUCGAUGA